AUGAUUUCAAUUAAUAAACAAUGUCAAAAUGAAAUAUUACCAUUACUAAUAUCAUGUAAACAUUUAUCAACAAUAACUUCUUAUGAUCAAUUAACAGAACUUAAUUUAUCAAAUUUAAAAUUGCUAAAAAUCGAUAGAUUUCCAUUUGAACAAUUUCCUAAACUUAAAUCACUUGAUUUAUCUUCAAAUCAAUUGAUAUCAAUUAAUAUCGAUUGGUCAAAAACAUUUUUAAAUUCCAUUGAAUAUCUUAAUUUAAGUUCGAAUAAAUUAGAAACACUUUUAUUUCUUAAAGAUUUUAAAUAUUUAAAAAUAUUAAAUAUUACAGAAAAUUUAUUACGAAAUAAUGAAAGAUUUUUAUCAUUAUAUAUUUGUCCAACAAUUGAACAUUUAAUUGAUUUUAAUCAAGAACAAAUUUAUAAUGAUCAAAUAAAAUAUAAUCAAUUAUUAAUACAAUUAAAUUCUUUUCCAUAUUAUAAAAAACAAAAAAUAUGUGAAAUAGUUUUUGGUGAUUUUCGUCAAACAAUAAUAAAUUUAAUUGAAAAACAAGAGAUUUUUUCAGAAUUUUCUCUAUCACCAUUAGGAAAUUAUUUUAUUGAAAAAAAAUUCAAUGAAUUUUAUUUACAAAUCAAACAAAAUUUUCAAACAUAUCUAACUGAUGAUUUUCAAUUAUUAAUGAAUAUUAAAGAAACAACUAAAACAAAUUAUUUUCAACCAAUAAAACUUUUUCAUUCUCAUCAUCAGUCAAAGGAAGAUUUAACAACAAUAUCUGUACAUAUGUGCGCAUUUGUACCAAAUACAUCAAAUCAUAUUUUAGCAACUUGUGGUGGUCAAAAAGUAUGUUUUAUUAAUUGUAAUACAUGUGAAAUAACACAUUUAUUUGAAUUAACGACAUUAUCUUCAAAAGUUACAUCGAAUACUAAAAAAUUAAAAGAUAAAAAUAAAACAUAUUUUUCAUGUUUAUCUUGGAUUGAAAUUGAAGAUUUAAAAAUAUUAGCUGUUGGAGCAACGAAUGGUUCGAUUUAUUUAUUAUCACCAAAAUGGAAACUUAUGUUUGGACAUAUUGAAUUACCUAAUUCAUCAAUCAAUUGUUUAACUUGGCAUUCGAGUAAUCCAUUUACGUUAGUUAUUGGUUCAUAUCAUACUGUUCGUUUUAUUAAUAUUCGAUCAUAUAUCGAUCGACUUCAAUCGUUUAUUCGUAAACAAAAUAAACCUACUGUACCAUUUGAUUAUGUUGAUUCAUCAAUGUUUAUUAACAAAGUAUCUAGUACACACAUCUAUAAUCUUUAUGAUGGUCAUGGUCCACUUAUUCUUAUAACUGAUUUACUUUUUUAUCCAUUAUCUAAUAACAAUAAUAGUGUUCUUCUAGUUGGUACAACUUCAGGUCUUUUUGUUAUUAAAUAUCAAGAUAAACAAAAUCAAUCACCUAUUCAACUUGCAUUACCUAAAUCAAUAUGGACUGUUAGUGAACAUAUAGAAUCACUACGUUUAAUUAAUAAUCCAAUUCGUUUAAUUGCUAUGAAUAUUCUUAAUCUUGAUUACAUAUGUUAUUUCGAUCUUGAUCAAUCACUUAAACAUCAGCAGUUACAUAUUAUUCAUUCACUUCCAAAUCCAUCUCGACAAAUUCCAACUAAAAUGGCUAUCUAUUCAACAAAUAAUGCUGAUACAUCAUCAUUUGAGUGUAUAGUUGGUAGUAAUCAUGGUUCAUUUUUUUAUCAUAAAAUUCAAUCACAUGAAACAAAAAAAUCAAUUUGUGAAAAUCAACAAAUUGAAAUUUCUAUAUUACCAAAUAUUUUAUCAGCUAGUCUAAAUGAACAUUAUCUAUGUUUAACUACAAAUAAUAAUCUAAUAUGUAUUUAUAAACGACAGUGA